UUUUCUGGAUGUCCGUCGGGAGCUGUGUGUGUGUGUGUGUGUGUGUGUGCGUGUGUGCGUGUGGUUAUCUGUUUGCAGCGAUGAGGACCUUUUUGCGUUUUUUCUCCCCCCUCACUGUUUCUAAAACUUUUCUCAAACAAAACUCGUCAUGAAAUCACUUUUUUUCUGACGGGGGCGUGAGGGAAGAGAGGAAGGCUGGCUUUGCAGGGUCAGAGAGCGCUGUGACGUUGCUUCUGGUGGGUCUCUCUUUGCGAUGCCGCGACUGUGUUUUGUGUCAUUUCUAGGCCACCGUUGCUGUCGUUUUUUGUGUGUUUUGUGUUUCCACUUCGCGGUGCCAUUGUUCGACUUUAUUUUCCGUACCCCCCCCCCCCCCCCUCCUCCCUUCUCCCCCCACCCCUCCGGCCCUCGCCCAUCACUAGCUGUGUGUCUUGUUUCAUGUAAUUUCCAACAGUUGUUCCCUGUGUGUGAAGUGCAGGGCAGCAGAAUCCCUGCUGUGGACAGAAGAUGUUAAGUAUGUGGGUGUGUGAAGAUGCAUACAAACAUAGAAACACACACACACACACACACGCGAUUUCUCGCUGAUAUCUGGAAGAUAAUCGGUGUCGUCUUUGUGUUUUUUUUCGGGCACUAUCCCAUGUUCUUUUGCUCGUGUGUGUUGCUCUGCGUGUGGGAGCGAGCUUCUCUGUGGCGAGUGAGUGUGUGUGUGUGAAUCUGCUCGUACAGUGGUGUGAAGCAGCUGGUCUCUUGUUAUCUGUGCAGCAACACACACACAAAUUACGUCCGGUUUAAAUUUCGCUUUGGGCACUUGGCUGCAAAAUGGCGCAACAAUGGGAGGUACUCUGGCUCCGCUCGCUGCUCCCAGCGGUGACGUUUUUAAGGACAAAAUGCAACAUGUGUAAACGCGCCGCGUUAUUUCACCGUCCAAGUGUGAAUAUGUGUUUUUGCUACUUCUCCGAUUGUGGAUAUUCUCACGUGACAGAAAACGUGUCAUUGUGCGCGAGCAGGUUUACAUGCGUAUUCGUGGAUGUGCGUGUGAGUAAGUUUGGUUGAGCUGUGGACAAAAGGGUUGAACUGAGAGUGCAGGGGCCGGCCGACCUUUCCUGGACAUCAUCCUUCUGUUUUUUGUUUUUUUAAAGUGGUUCUCAUGUUGGAGCGAUAGAAUAAUGUGAACAGGACCUUUUAAGAGUGGACGUGACAAAGCACCCGGUUAUGGAGAUAGUGAAGGUGUGGAGCGAGGAUGGGGCCGGUAAAGUGGUGGAGAUCCCGGCAGACAUGACGGCCAGAGAUGUGUGUCAGCUGCUGGUCUACAAGAGCCACUGUGUGGACGACAACGCCUGGACACUGGUGGAGCACCACCCCAUUCUUGGCCUUGAGAGAUGUCUGGAGGACCACGAGCUGGUGGUUCAGGCUCAAGCCUCCAUGAGCAGCGACAGUAAAUUCCUCUUCAGGAAGAACUAUGCCAAAUAUGAAUUCUUCAGGAACCCCCUGAACUUUUUUCCAGAGCAGAUGGUGGCUUGGUGUCAGGAGUCUGAUGGCUCAAUCCCUCAGUCACAGCUCUUACAGAACUUUCUGAACUCCAGCAGCUGUCCAGAGAUCCAGGGCUAUCUGUACGUGAAGGAGCCGGGACGCAGGUCCUGGAAGAAACUCUACACGUUCCUGCGACGCUCCGGGCUCUACUACUCUACUAAAGGAACAUCCAAGGAGCCCCGACACCUGCAGCUGCUGUCGGAUCUGGAUGACAGCAACGUCUUCACCAUCAUCGCGGGCAGAAAACUCCACAACGCUCCCACAGAUUACCAGUUCUGCAUCAAGCCCAGCAAAGUGAGGGGUGACUGUAAGGAGCUAAAAAUGCUGUGUGCUGAGGACGAACAGAGCCGGACCUGCUGGAUGACUGCCUUCAGACUGCUCAAACAUGGGAUAGUACUGUAUCAGAGCUACAACGUUCCCCAGCAGAGGAAGUCUAACCUCUCGCCUUUCUCGGCCCCUGUGCGGAGUGUAUCUGAGAAUUCCCUGGUCGCCAUGGACUUCUCCGGGCGGACCGGUCGCGUCAUCGACAACCCCGUCGAGGCCCAGAGCGCUGCCCUGGAGGAGGGACAGACCUGGAGGAAACGGAGCCAGCGUAUGAAUGUCCUGGGCAGUCCCAGCCCCCUGCACCCAUCCUCUCUCAGCACAGUGAUCCACAGGACACAGAUAUGGUUUCAUGGUCGCAUCAUGAGAGAGGAAGCCCACAAAAUGAUCAUUCAACAAGGCCAAGUAGACGGGUUAUUCCUGUUGCGGGACAGUCAGAGUAAUCCCAAGGCGUUCGUGCUCACCUUGUGCCACCACCAGAAGAUCAAGCACUUCCAGAUCCUACCGUGUGAGGAGGACGGUCAGGUGUUCUUCAGCCUCGACGACGGCGCCACCAAGUUCACCGAUUUGAUCCACCUGGUGGAGUUUUACCAGCUCAACAGAGGAGUGCUGCCCUGCAAGCUCAAACACCCCUGCACCGCCGUGGCCUUGUGACACUCCACACCCCCGACACCUCCAACCCCCUUUUUUGCACACCUCUCACCCUCCCCCAUCUUCCCCUCCCUCACCAGCGCAAUGAGGUUGAGGAGAUAGAGAAAAAGUUACGUUUUGGGGAUGUGAACAACUCAACAGGAGCCGGCAUCGGAGGGUUUGAUUUCCCCCAAUGCGCCAGUGCUUCUCUCCGCCUUACCGCUGUUUGGAUGUUUGAAUGGGAACCGUUUGGACAGUUCAAGCGUUGUGCAGAUUGUGGACCCAGCAGUCGCCCAACUCCUGCGAUGUUGUCAUGGAGACAA